GAGUCUCCCGACUCAGCCGCAGAACGCACUCUGACCCCGGCGCACGCGCACAACGAGACGUAAUAUAUUGAACUUGUGUUUGUGUGGUGUCGUGAUUAUUUUUCUUGUGUGCAGGGGCCCCAUGAAGCGGCUGUCAUGCACAUAGCGACACUGAUUGCACUCGUGCAGCUGUCGCUCGCUACAGCUGUUUCAGAUGUCGGAACGCUCACCGCAGCCGAGCUGAACCUUGAGCUGGCUGGAGAUGGUUUAUCACCAUUUUUCGAAGAUUCAAGUGGUGAAACUGGAGUCAAUUUCGUGAGGGGUUCAAGAGCUGCAGAUUCACCGCUGUCACCAGAUAUUGACGUACAAUGUUUAGCAGAUUAUAUUCAAGUCACGGUUGAAUUCUCUGACAUAUACGAUGGAAUAAUUUACAGCAAGGGCUUCCUGAACGAUCCCAAAUGCAAAUACGUAUCUUCCGGAGGCAGUCAAUCUCGGUACUCUUUCCGAGUGCCAUUGAAUGGCUGUGGAAGCCGACCACUUUGCAAUGCUUGCGGCACCAUCGACAACGUCCUCGUGUUCCAAGGAGAUGAAUUAGUGCAAGGAUCUUAUGAUUUCGCUAGAAAGGUAUCAUGUGCUGGAACUGCUCUAGAAGUUUCGACUGGUGUCAAAAAGGAACAAUCACAUGUACUAAAGCUAAAGCCUUUUAUGGUUGACAUGCUCGAUGUAGUGGCAGUACAAGGACCGGCCGGUGGUGUAGAAUGUUGGAUGGAUAUUCAGAAAGGAGUUUUCCCUCAAACAACUCCGUUGGAAAAUUCGAUUAAAAUCGGCGAAUACCUCACCAUUCUUAUUUAUUUGAAAGAUAUCAGAAAUCAAUUUAAUCUUAAAAUUCACGAUUGUUGGGCUUAUGAUAAUGAAAAUUAUGAUAGUUCGAAGACAAAUAAAAUUCAAUUGACUGACAAAGAUGGUUGCCCCAAGAAAAAGAAAUUCAUCGACUCAUGGCAAAAAUCUACAAAUACUGGAAAAUCUGGUGCAACAUUGAUUGCUUACACCAAAAUAAGUGCUUUCCGUUUUCCGGAAACUGAUCAAGUCUAUCUGACUUGUAACGUUGAGCUAUGCACAAGCAACUGUGAUGCAAGCUGUAAUGGAAUUAUAAAGGAAAUAACAACUGUUAUACCAGACACGAAAUGUUAUCCAGGAUCUACUGACCCUCUUUGUUCAAGACCAACAACUUCUGCACAGCCAAACUGUUUCCCUGGCAACAAUGACCCACGUUGCCCUAAGCUGAUAACUCCUCCACCACCUAACUGCUUCCCUGGCACCAAUGACCCACGUUGCCCAAAACCAACAACAACUGCUCCUCCAAGAUGCUUCCCUGGCAGCAACGAUCCCCGUUGCCCUAAACCAACUACAGCUACACUUAAUUGUUACCCCGGUAAUACAGAUCCUCGUUGCCCAAGGCCUACUACACCUGAGGCACCAAGGUGCUUCCCUGGCAGUACAGACCCGCGUUGCCCAAAACCAACAUCACCUGCACCACCCACAUGCUUCCCAGGAAGUACUGAUCCACGUUGUCCAAGUCCUACAACUACUUUACCUCCAAAACCAUUAUGUUAUCCUGGAUCACCAGACCCAACAUGCCCACAAACCCCUAAGCCAACAUCUCUCACACCACCUACUUAUUUACCUCCAUCCACGGAAAUACCGAAAUGCUAUCCGGGCUCGACAGACGCUCGUUGUCCAAAACCAACAACUCCCGCUCCCCCAAAUUGCUUCCCUGGAAACAGUGAUCCCCGAUGUCCGAAACCAACAACACAAGCACCACCUAACUGCUACCCUGGAAAUACUGACCCACGUUGCCCAAGGCCUACGACACCUGAGGCACCGAGAUGUUUCCCUGGUAGCACAGAUUCACGUUGUCCUAAGCCAACAACUCAAGUUCCACCAAAAUGCUUCCCUGGCAGUAGUGAUCCCCGUUGUUCCAAACCAACUAAACAAGCACCACCGAACUGCUUCCCAGGCAACACAGAUCCACGUUGCCCUAAACCUACAACACCUGAAGCACCGAGAUGUUACCCUGGAAGUACAAACACUCGUUGUCCUAAACCAACAACUCCUGCUCCUCCGAGGUGUUUCCCUGGCAGUAGCGAUCCUCGUUGCCCUAAACCAACUGCACCUACUCCUCCGAACUGCUACCCCGGUAAUACAGACCCACGUUGCCCAAAGCCUACAACGCCUGAGGCCCCAAGGUGUUUCCCUGGUAGCACAGAUGCACGUUGCCCUCAACCCACUACACCUGAAGCGCCCAGAUGUUUCCCUGGUAGUACAGAUGCUCGCUGCCCCAAACCUACAACACCUGCUGCACCGAGGUGCUAUCCUGGCAGUACUGAUCCGCGUUGUCCAAAACCUACAACUCCUUCACCUACCAAACCAGUCUGUUAUCCUGGGUCACCCGACCCGAAGUGCCCACAGCCUCCUAGGCCUACUACUCUAACACCACCUACUUACUUACCCCCAUCCACAGAAAUACCUAAAUGCUAUCCGGGCUCGACAGACGCUCGUUGUCCUAAACCAACAACUCCUGCUCCUCCGAAAUGUUUCCCUGGUAGCAGUGAUCCUCGAUGCCCUAAGCCUACAACACCAGCACCACCUAACUGCUACCCAGGAAAUACUGAUUCACGCUGCCCUAAGCCAACAACACCUGAAGCGCCAAGAUGUUUCCCUGGAAGCACAGACGCUCGUUGUCCUAAACCGACAACUCCUGCACCUCCAAGAUGCUUCCCUGGUAGCAGUGAUCCUAGAUGCCCUAAGCCAACAACACCUGCACCACCUAACUGCUAUCCUGGAAACACAGAUCCCCGUUGCCCUAAGCCUACAACACCUGCACCACCUAACUGCUAUCCUGGAAACACAGAUGCACGUUGUCCUAAGCCCACAACACCUGAAGCACCGAGAUGUUUCCCUGGAAGCACAGACGCUCGUUGUCCUAAACCGACAACUCCUGCACCUCCAAGAUGCUUCCCUGGUAGCAGUGAUCCUAGAUGCCCUAAGCCAACAAAACCUGCACCACCUAACUGCUAUCCUGGAAACACAGAUCCCCGUUGCCCUAAGCCCACAACACCUGAAGCACCGAGAUGUUUCCCCGGAAGUACAGACGUUCGUUGUCCUCAACCAACAACUCCAGCACCUCCAAGAUGCUUCCCUGGUAGCAGCGAUCCUAGGUGCCCCAAGCCAACAACACCUGCACCACCUAACUGCUAUCCUGGAAACACAGAUCCACGUUGUCCUAAGCCCACAACACCUGAAGCACCGAGAUGUUUCCCUGGAAGUACAGACGCUCGUUGUCCUCAACCAACAACUCCAGCACCUCCAAGAUGCUUCCCUGGUAGCAGCGAUCCUAGGUGCCCCAAGCCAACAACACCUGCACCACCUAACUGCUAUCCUGGAAACACAGAUCCACGUUGUCCUAAGCCCACAACACCUGAAGCACCGAGAUGUUUCCCUGGAAGUACAGACGCUCGUUGUCCUAAACCAACGACUCCAGCACCUCCAAGAUGCUUCCCUGGUAGCAGUGAUCCUAGAUGCCCUAAGCCAACAACACCUGCACCACCUAACUGCUAUCCUGGAAACACAGAUCCACGCUGCCCCAAACCUACAACACCUGCUGCACCGAGGUGCUAUCCUGGCAGUACUGAUCCGCGUUGUCCAAAACCUACAACUCCUUCACCUACCAAACCAGUCUGUUAUCCUGGGUCACCCGACCCGAAGUGCCCACAGCCUCCUAGGCCUACUACUCUAACACCACCUACUUACUUGCCCCCAUCCACAGAAAUACCUAAAUGCUAUCCGGGCUCGACAGACUCUCGUUGUCCUAAACCAACAACUCCUGCUCCUCCGAGAUGUUUCCCUGGUAGCAGUGAUCCUCGAUGCCCUAAGCCUACAACACCAGCACCACCUAACUGCUACCCAGGAAACACUGAUUCACGCUGCCCUAAGCCCACAACCCCUGAAGCACCGAGAUGUUUCCCUGGAAGUACAGAUGCUCGUUGUCCUAAACCAACAACUCCUGCACCUCCGAAAUGCUAUCCUGGUAGUAGUGAUCCUCGCUGUCCUAAACCUACGACACCUGAAGCUCCAAGAUGUUUCCCUGGUAGCAGUGAUCCUCGAUGCCCUAAGCCAACAACACCAGCACCACCUAACUGCUUCCCAGGAAACACAGAUCCACGUUGCCCUAAGCCCACAACACCUGAAGCGCCAAGAUGCUACCCUGGAAGCACAGACGCUCGUUGUCCUAAACCGACAACUCCUGCACCUCCAAGAUGCUUCCCUGGUAGCAGUGAUCCUAGAUGCCCUAAGCCAACAUCACCUGCACCACCUAACUGCUAUCCUGGAAACACAGAUCCCCGUUGCCCUAAGCCCACAACACCUGGAGCACCGAGAUGUUUCCCCGGGAGUACAGACGCUCGUUGUCCUCAACCAACAACUCCAGCACCUCCAAGAUGCUUCCCUGGUAGCAGCGAUCCUAGGUGCCCCAAGCCAACAACACCUGCACCACCUAACUGCUAUCCUGGAAACACAGAUCCACGUUGUCCUAAGCCCACAACACCUGAAGCACCGAGAUGUUUCCCUGGAAGUACAGACGCUCGUUGUCCUAAACCAACGACUCCAGCACCUCCAAGAUGCUUCCCUGGUAGCAGCGAUCCUAGAUGCCCUAAGCCAACAACACCUGCACCACCUAACUGCUAUCCUGGAAACACAGAUCCACGCUGCCCCAAACCUACAACACCUGCUGCACCAAGGUGCUAUCCUGGCAGUACUGAUCCGCGUUGUCCAAAACCUACAACUCCUUCACCUACCAAACCAGUCUGUUAUCCUGGGUCACCCGACCCGAAGUGCCCACAGCCUCCUAGGCCUACUACUCUAACACCACCUACUUACUUGCCCCCAUCCACAGAAAUACCUAAAUGCUAUCCGGGCUCGACAGACUCUCGUUGUCCUAAACCAACAACUCCUGCUCCUCCGAGAUGUUUCCCUGGUAGCAGUGAUCCUCGAUGCCCUAAGCCUACAACACCAGCACCACCUAACUGCUACCCAGGAAACACUGAUUCACGCUGCCCUAAGCCCACAACACCUGAAGCGCCGAGAUGUUUCCCUGGAAGUACAGAUGCUCGUUGUCCUAAACCAACAACUCCUGCACCUCCGAGAUGCUUCCCUGGUAGCAGCGAUCCUAGGUGCCCCAAGCCAACAACACCUGCACCACCUAACUGCUAUCCUGGAAACACAGAUCCACGUUGUCCUAAGCCCACAACACCUGAAGCACCGAGAUGUUUCCCUGGAAGUACAGAUGCUCGUUGUCCUAAACCAACGACUCCAGCACCUCCAAGAUGCUUCCCUGGUAGCAGCGAUCCUAGAUGCCCUAAGCCAACAACACCUGCACCACCUAACUGCUAUCCUGGAAACACAGAUCCACGCUGCCCCAAACCUACAACACCUGCUGCACCAAGGUGCUAUCCUGGCAGUACUGAUCCGCGUUGUCCAAAACCUACAACUCCUUCACCUACCAAACCAGUCUGUUAUCCUGGGUCACCCGACCCGAAGUGCCCACAGCCUCCUAGGCCUACUACUCUAACACCACCUACUUACUUGCCCCCAUCCACAGAAAUACCUAAAUGCUAUCCGGGCUCGACAGACUCUCGUUGUCCUAAACCCACAACUCCUGCUCCUCCGAGAUGUUUCCCUGGAAGCAGCGACCCUCGAUGCCCUAAGCCUACAACACCAGCACCACCUAACUGCUACCCAGGAAACACUGAUUCACGCUGCCCUAAGCCCACAACACCUGAAGCGCCGAGAUGUUUCCCUGGAAGUACAGAUGCUCGUUGUCCUAAACCAACAACUCCUGCACCUCCGAGAUGCUUCCCUGGUAGUAAUGAUCCUCGCUGCCCUAAACCUACGACACCUGAAGCUCCAAGAUGUUUCCCUGGUAGCAGCGAUCCUCGAUGCCCUAAGCCAACAACACCAGCACCACCUAACUGCUACCCAGGAAACACAGAUCCACGUUGCCCUAAGCCCACAACACCUGAAGCGCCAAGAUGCUACCCUGGAAGCACAGACGCUCGUUGUCCUAAACCGACAACCCCAGCACCUCCAAGAUGCUUCCCUGGUAGCAGUGAUCCUCGAUGCCCUAAGCCAACAACACCAGCACCACCUAACUGCUUCCCAGGAAACACAGAUCCACGUUGCCCUAAGCCGACAACACCUGAAGCGCCAAGAUGUUUCCCUGGAAGCACAGACGCUCGUUGUCCUAAGCCGACAACUCCUGCACCUCCAAGAUGCUUUCCUGGUAGCAGUGAUCCUAGAUGCCCUAAGCCAACAACACCUGCACCACCUAACUGCUAUCCUGGAAACACAGAUCCACGCUGCCCCAAACCUACAACACCUGCUGCACCAAGGUGCUAUCCUGGCAGUACUGAUCCGCGUUGUCCAAAACCUACAACUCCUUCACCUACCAAACCAGUCUGUUAUCCUGGGUCACCCGACCCGAAGUGCCCACAGCCUCCUAGGCCUACUACUCUAACACCACCUACUUACUUGCCCCCAUCCACAGAAAUCCCUAAAUGCUAUCCGGGCUCGACAGAUGCUCGUUGUCCUCAACCAACAACUCCUGCUCCUCCGAGAUGUUUCCCUGGAAGCAGCGACCCUCGAUGCCCUAAGCCUACAACACCAGCACCACCUAACUGCUACCCAGGAAGCACUGAUUCACGCUGCCCUAAGCCAACAACACCUGAAGCGCCGAGAUGUUUCCCUGGAAGUACAGAUGCUCGUUGUCCUAAACCAACAACUCCUGCACCUCCGAGAUGCUUCCCUGGUAGUAAUGAUCCUCGCUGCCCUAAACCUACGACACCUGAAGCUCCAAGAUGUUUCCCUGGUAGCAGCGAUCCUCGAUGCCCUAAGCCAACAACACCAGCACCACCUAACUGCUACCCAGGAAACACAGAUCCACGUUGCCCUAAGCCCACAACACCUGAAGCGCCAAGAUGCUACCCUGGAAGCACAGACGCUCGUUGUCCUAAACCGACAACCCCAGCACCUCCAAGAUGCUUCCCUGGUAGCAGCGAUCCUAGAUGCCCUAAGCCAACAACACCUGCACCACCUAACUGCUAUCCUGGAAACACAGAUCCACGUUGUCCUAAACCCACAACACCUGAAGCACCGAGAUGUUUCCCUGGAAGUACAGAUGCUCGUUGUCCUAAACCAACAACUCCUGCACCUCCGAGAUGCUUCCCUGGUAGUAAUGAUCCUCGCUGCCCUAAACCUACGACACCUGAAGCUCCAAGAUGUUUCCCUGGUAGCAGCGAUCCUAGAUGCCCUAAGCCAACAACACCUGCACCACCUAACUGCUAUCCUGGAAACACAGAUCCACGUUGUCCUAAACCCACAACACCUGAAGCACCGAGAUGUUUCCCUGGAAGUACAGAUGCUCGUUGUCCUAAACCAACAACUCCUGCACCUCCAAGAUGCUUCCCUGGUAGCAGCGAUCCUAGAUGCCCUAAGCCAACAACACCUGCACCACCUAACUGCUAUCCUGGAAACACAGAUCCACGCUGCCCCAAACCUACAACACCUGCUGCACCAAGGUGCUAUCCUGGCAGUACUGAUCCGCGUUGUCCAAAACCUACAACUCCUUCACCUACCAAACCAGUCUGUUAUCCUGGGUCACCCGACCCGAAGUGCCCACAGCCUCCUAGGCCUACUACUCUAACACCACCUACUUACUUGCCCCCAUCCACAGAAAUACCUAAAUGCUAUCCAGGCUCGACAGAUGCUCGUUGUCCUCAACCAACAACUCCUGCUCCUCCGAGAUGUUUCCCUGGAAGCAGCGACCCUCGAUGCCCUAAGCCUACAACACCAGCACCACCUAACUGCUACCCAGGAAACACUGAUUCACGCUGCCCUAAGCCCACAACACCUGAAGCACCGAGAUGUUUCCCUGGAAGUACAGAUGCUCGUUGUCCUAAACCAACAACUCCUGCACCUCCGAGAUGCUUCCCUGGUAGUAAUGAUCCUCGCUGCCCUAAACCUACGACACCUGAAGCUCCAAGAUGUUUCCCUGGUAGUAGCGAUCCUCGAUGCCCUAAGCCAACAACACCAGCACCACCUAACUGCUACCCAGGAAACACUGAUUCACGCUGCCCUAAGCCCACAACACCUGAAGCACCGAGAUGUUUCCCUGGAAGUACAGAUGCUCGUUGUCCUAAACCAACAACUCCUGCACCUCCGAGAUGCUUCCCUGGUAGUAAUGAUCCUCGCUGCCCUAAACCUACGACACCUGAAGCUCCAAGAUGUUUCCCUGGCAGCAGCGAUCCUCGAUGCCCUAAGCCAACAACACCAGCACCACCUAACUGCUACCCAGGAAACACAGAUCCACGUUGCCCUAAGCCUACAACACCUGAAGCGCCAAGAUGCUACCCUGGAAGCACAGACGCUCGUUGUCCUAAACCGACAACCCCAGCACCUCCAAGAUGCUUCCCUGGUAGCAGUGAUCCUAGAUGCCCUAAGGCAACAACACCCGCACCACCUAACUGCUAUCCUGGAAACACAGAUCCACGCUGCCCCAAACCUACAACACCUGCUGCACCAAGGUGCUAUCCUGGCAGUACUGAUCCGCGUUGUCCAAAACCUACAACUCCUUCACCUACCAAACCAGUCUGUUAUCCUGGCUCACCCGACCCGAAGUGCCCACAGCCUCCUAGGCCUACUACUCAAACACCACCUACUUACUUGCCCCCAUCCACAGAAAUACCUAAAUGCUAUCCGGGCUCGACAGACGCUCGUUGUCCUAAACCAACAACUCCUGCUCCUCCGAGAUGUUUCCCUGGUAGCAGUGAUCCUCGAUGCCCUAAGCCUACAACACCAGCACCACCUAACUGCUACCCAGGAAAUACUGAUUCACGCUGCCCUAAGCCAACAACACCUGAAGCUCCCAGAUGUUACCCCGGUAGUAGUGACCCUCGCUGCCCUAAGCCUACUACACCUGAAGCUCCCAGAUGUUACCCCGGUAGUAGUGACCCCCGCUGCCCUAAGCCUACUACACCUGAAGCUCCCAGAUGUUACCCUGGUAGUAGUGACCCUCGCUGCCCUAAGCCUACUACACCUGAAGCUCCCAGAUGUUACCCCGGUAGUAGUGACCCUCGCUGCCCUAAGCCUACUACACCUGAAGCUCCCAGAUGUUACCCCGGUAGUAGUGACCCUCGCUGCCCUAAGCCUACUACACCUGAAGCUCCCAGAUGUUACCCCGGUAGUAGUGAUCCUCGCUGCCCUAAGCCUACGACACUUGAAGCCCCGAGAUGUUUCCCUGGUAGUACAGACGCUCGUUGUCCUAAACCAACAACUCCUGCUCCUCCGAGAUGUUACCCCGGAAGUAGUGACCCUCGCUGCCCUAAACCAACCACACCUGAAGCUCCCAGAUGCUAUCCCGGUAGCACUGAUCCUCGCUGUCCUCAACCAACUAAAAAGCCCUCAACACCAAGUUCAUGUUAUCCUGGUUCUAAAGACCCCAAAUGUCCGCAACCAUUCGCACCUAGUAGUACAAACCCACCUUCGACGUACCUGCCACCAUUUCCUCUAGCAAAUGAAGUAAAAUCUCCGCGCGUGAAUAGAUUAGCUAUAAAAAGCUUCGAUUAUUACGAUUCACAGGCUGAAAUAGAUAACUUUGAUUCCUCACGAACGAAACCAAAAACAAGAAAUGUUAGGGACGUAAGCAAAUCCUUUUACGACGAAUUUCCGAGAUCCUUAGAGUACUCAGCAAUUGUAGGGUCUGUCAUGUUUGUAAUUUUAUCAUUAGGUGUAACUCUUUUUAUAUAUAAGAACAAGGCGAGCCUUAAACGAAAAGAAAAUGUAGCAAUUAUAAAUACUCAUCCUUGCUAAAACGAUACGUUUACUUUUAAAAUGUAACACAAUUUUUUAAAUGUCAAAAACUGACGCGUUUUUAUAAAACCAAUCGAUUUUAUAUGUUAUGAUAUUCACUGCCUUUUAAGCUUUUUAUAUGUUAUUCGGGCAUAUUAUAUGUUGCCUUUUUUAUUAUAAAGGUGCCAUAGGUUGAUAAAUUUUGACUAUAUUUUAGCUUUGUAAAUCUUGAUUAUGAACAUAAUUACCUAUAUUACUAGUCAAAAUACAUAAUGACCAUUAUUUUAAUGUCGAUAUAUUGCAUGUAUUUUAUUUCCUAUAUAUUUUUUUAUACUUAUACUCAUUUGUGAUAUUUGUAAAUAUAUAACAAUAUUAUGUUGUGGCCAUCCGUUUAUAGUUAAGGUAAUAAUACACUUUAUAUUAUCUCUGUGAACUGUCAUUGUGUGUUGUGUUAUUAAUAAUAUUUUAUAAUUUUAACAAUAGAAAAAUUACACAAUGCAGAAUGUACGGAAAUAGAUGUUUUUGAUAAAAUACUAAAUGUUAGUAGAUUGUAUAUUGAGUCAAUCUAAGUAAAACAUUCUAUGAAUGUGUAAAAACUGUUUUAUUUCAUUAUACCCUUAGAUUUAUAAAAUAAAAAGUUUUCAAUUAAAAAAAAA